AUCUCCUGACCAGAAUGCGGCACGACUGCCCUGCGCCUGCGCACAAAGUCAUUCGACCCUCAAACCCGGAUGUAACCAACGCCUAACCUGUCGGAAGAAAAACGAUGCAGACUAUAAAAUGUGUAGUUGUAGGGGACGGCGCUGUAGGAAAGACCUGCUUACUCAUCUCCUACACAACCAACAAGUUCCCCUCAGAAUAUGUGCCUACGGUUUUUGACAAUUAUGCAGUGACAGUGAUGAUUGGGGGUGAGCCCUACACACUAGGCCUUUUUGACACUGCAGGUCAGGAGGACUACGACAGGCUGCGUCCUCUCAGCUAUCCGCAGACAGACGUGUUCCUUGUAUGCUUCUCUGUCGUCUCCCCUUCUUCGUUUGAGAAUGUCAAAGAGAAGUGGGUUCCUGAGAUCUCUCAUCACUGCCCACGCACACCCUUCCUGUUGGUGGGCACUCAGGUGGAUCUCCGGGAGGACAGCAACACCAUAGAGAAGCUGGCCAAGAAUAAACAGCGCCCCCUGUACCCCGACAGCGCAGAGAAGCUGGCCCGUGAGCUCAGGGCAGUCAAAUACGUGGAGUGCUCCGCUCUCACGCAGCGAGGACUUAAGAACGUAUUCGACGAGGCCAUCCUGGCUGCCUUGGAGCCCCCAGAGACCAAAACCAAGAGGAAGUGCGUUCUUCUAUAGACAACAGCAGCAUUUGGAAACCAAACGGUAUAAGCAAUGAAAAUCGAAAUAUCAAGUGAGUUGAGUGGCCAAUUAAGACAAGAGGAAGGUAAAAAGAGACGUAAAAAUGUGAUUGUGGUGAUUGUGCCUUCAAAAAAAGAAGCAGAGGGAGCAAAAAGGUCAGUGUGCAGUAAACGCGGGUAGCAUCACCCAUCUCAUCAUCACCGAAAGCUUUUAGAAAGUGCAGUGUUCUCCGCAAAUAUUCCAAUGGGGCAGGACCCCCUCCCUGCCUCACUUACCACCCCCUCCCCCUUUUAAAGAGUUUUUUUUUUUAUUAUAUAAUUGCUUUUUGCCUCCUGGGCUUGAUGUCAUGUGACCUGCUGGGGCUUUUCCUCAGAGUAAUGGAGAAAAAAAAAAAAAGUACUUUACACUUAUCUUUUUAUAGUGAACUUUGGUUAGUACAUCUAAAGGGGCAACUUAAUGAUAUGUGGUACUCUGCUUUAAUCCUUACUGAUUGAUGGAAGCACAAGAGAUUUAGUACGCUCCAAACAAAGAUAGCAGUCUGCUACUUCCUUCCAGCACUCAGUGACUAGUGGGGAGGCCAUUUUCACCUUUUUUCCCUUCUUUGGGUGACGUAAAAAAUUGUAUUUUAUUCUUCCUUUUGUGUAUAUUGGAUUGAUUAUGUGACUUUGUUUUGGGACUUUUUUUUUUGUUGUAAUUUUUUUUUUUUUUGAAACUUCAGGUUUUAUUUUUUUCAUCACUAGACUAGCAACAGGGUGAUUGAUUAAAAAAAAAAAAAAAAGAAAGGAAAAAUUAAGCUGUAAUAUUUUGCAUAGAUCUGAAUCCUGAGUGAUUGAGAUGUUAAACUUUGCUAGUAAAUUUGUGGGAGUUUGUAAUCGCAUAAUAUUUGUAAUAAAAAUGGUUUUACUGA